AUGCUUAGCGGUGGAAAGUUUAUCCUGGCGAGUGCAUCGGCCCGCGUAAUUACGAGCCGGGCCGGUGGGCGAGCACCAAAAAGGUGCUGGAGCCGCGUCGUGCCCAAGUUCAAUCUCGGAGAUAGUGAAUUCGAUGGUCGGGGCGCUUCGGCAGGGACAAGCUUAAACAUCAAGGUUCGAACGCCAAAGGGCAGCGUUCCAAUUGGCCCAACAACUUUCAUCUCACCAUCUGGUGAUCAGGUUAUCUUUGAGCACAUUCUCGCUUUCGAUGCAUGUUCCCACAAGUUCGAUUGGCACAGUAUGCAAUUUACCUGUUUCACCUUCACUGCCCGCUCCAGGGAAAAGGAGAGUAAAGCUGGCAUGCAGCCCGUUGGCUGA